AUGUUCGGUAUUUAUGACGACUCAGUAUUCACGGCGUUUGAGGAGGAGGAGCUCAGCAACCCAAUUCCACGAAAGGAAGUAGACGACAGAACUAUAUACAUAUCACGAGAACUCCGAAAGCCCAAGGACUAUGGCGGGCCAGUUCUAUGCGACUUUGGCUCAGCUGUUCCAGGUGAUGUAGAACAUUGCGAAGAUAUCCAACCAGACAUUUACAGAGCGCCCGAGGUCAUCCUUGAAGCCCCUUGGUCAUACAAGGUGGACAUAUGGAACGCAGGGUGCAUGAUUUGGGAUAUUUUUGAAGGUCGGCACAUGUUUACAGGGCAUGACCCCGAGUUCCAGAAAUACCGCAGCAGGGCACAUCUCGCCGAGAUUAUUGCGAUGCUCGGCCAGCCUCCAUCCAACGUCCUUGAAGCCGGCAAAGCCAGUCACAAGUUCUUUACAGGCACCGCUAUCACUCUAGGCGACUUCCGUAAUGACAUAGAGCUUCCCGAAAGAACUUCCCUUGCCCAGCAUGAAAUCAGUCUUGAAGGGGAGCGAAAGGAGAUGUUUCUUGCUAUGAUGAAUAGGAUGCUUCAGUGGGAUCCGGCUCAGAGGUCAUCGGCGAAAGAGCUUGCUGAAGAUCCGUGGAUCAUGGCCUAUAUGUUAGACGGCUAG